AGGUUCACACCAAGUGGCUUAAACAGGGGAGAGCAGUGUAUCAGCUUCUUUAUAACCACAGAAAGGACAAUGCCGCCUCCAUCAGACAUUGUGAAGGUGGCUAUUGAAUGGCCAGGUGCUUUUCCACGCUUAAUGGAAAUUGAUCAGAAAAAACCAUUAUCUUCCAUAAUCAAAGAAGUUUGUGAUGGAUGGAGUAUCUCAACUCAUGAAAACUACGCACUGCAGCAUGCAGAUGGUUCUGGGUUUUAUAUAACAGAAAAAAACCGCAAUGAAAUCAAAAAUGGAGCAAUUCUAAGGCUAACAUCAUCUCCGACCCUUAAUGCCCAGCAGCUCCAUGAGAGAAUCCAGUCAUCGAGUAUGGAUGCAAAGCUAGAAGCAUUGAAAGAUCUUGCCAAAUUCUCAAGAGAUGUCACAUUUGCCCAAGAAUUCAUAAAUCUGGAUGGCAUUUCCUUACUCACUCAGAUGGUGGAAAGUGGAACAGAACGGUAUCAGAAACUACAGAAGAUUAUGAAGCCCUGUUUUGGAGAAAUGCUAUCCUUUACAUUGACUGCAUUUGUGGAGCUGAUGGAUCAUGGCAUUGUGUCAUGGGACACCUUUUCUGUGGCUUUUAUUAAAAAAAUAGCCAGCUUUGUAAACAAGUCCGCAAUGGAUGUCUCCAUAUUGCAGCGGUCAUUAGCCAUCCUUGAAUCAAUGGUUCUGAACAGCCAUGAUCUUUAUCUAAAAGUUGCACAGGAGAUUACUAUUGGACAAUUAAUUCCUCAUCUUCAAGGGACAGAUCAAGAGAUUCAGACCUACACUAUUGCAGUGAUCAAUGCACUUUUCCUUAAAGCUCCAGAUGACAAACGACAGGAAAUGGCUAACAUAUUGGCCCAAAAGCAGCUCAGGUCUAUCAUCUUAACGCAUGUUAUCAGAGCACAUGGUCCCAUUAAUAAUGAAAUGGCACAUCAGCUCUAUGUGUUGCAAGUACUGACUUUCAAUUUGCUGGAAGACCGAAUGAUGACCAAAAUGGAUCCCCAAGAUCAGGCCCAAAGGGAUAUCAUAUUUGAACUUCGCAGAAUUGCAUUUGAUGUUGAAACGGAGCAAAACAACAUUGGAGGAAGUAUAGAAAAGAGAAAAUCAAUGUACACCAGGGACUAUAAAAAGCUCGGCUUUACUAAUAAUGUGAAUCCUGCUUUGGAUUUUACACACACACCACCAGGAAUGUUGGCUCUUGACAAUAUGCUUUAUUUUGCCAAGCAUCAUCAGGAUGCCUACAUUAGGAUUGUCUUGGAAAACAGCAGUCGGGAAGAUAAACAUGAAUGUCCAUUUGGCCGAAGCAGCAUUGAACUGACCAAGAUGCUUUGUGAAAUAUUAAAAGUGGGAGAGCUCCCCAGUGAAACAUGCAAUGAUUUCCACCCAAUGUUCUUCACACAUGACCGAUCAUUUGAGGAAUUCUUCUGUAUAUGCAUUCAGUUGUUAAACAAGACAUGGAAAGAGAUGAGAGCUACAUCUGAAGACUUCAAUAAGGUCAUGCAAGUUGUAAAGGAGCAGAUAAUGAGAGCUCUCACCAACAAGCCUAGUUCUCUGGACCAGUUCAAAUGUAGACUUCAAAACCUUAGCUACACUGAAAUACUGAAAAUACGUCAGUCAGAAAGAAUGAACCAGGAGGAUUUUCAGUCUCGUCCUAUAUUAGAGCUCAAAGAUAAAAUUCAACCAGAAAUCAUAGAACUCAUAAAACAGCAACGGUUAAACCGUCUUGUUGAAGGAACGUGCUUUCGAAAGCUCAAUAGCCGCAGAAGGCAAGAUAAGUUUUGGUACUGCAGAUUGUCACCUAAUCACAAGGUAUUGCACUAUGGAGAUUUGGAGGAGAGUCCACAGGGAGAGGUGCCACAUGACUCUUUGCAAGACAAAUUGCCUGUUGCAGAUAUUAAAGCAAUAGUGACUGGAAAAGACUGUCCCCACGUGAAGGAGAAAGGAGCUCUGAAACAAAAUAAGGAGGUUCUCGAGUUGGCGUUCUCUAUUAUGUAUGAUUCCAACUGCCAGCUGAAUUUUAUUGCUCCAGACAAACAUGAGUAUUGUAUCUGGACUGAUGGAUUGAAUGCGUUACUUGGAAAGGACAUGAUCAGUGAUCUUACACGAAAUGACUUGGACACCCUGCUAAGCAUGGAACUCAAGCUCCGUCUUCUAGACCUGGAAAAUAUACAAAUUCCUGAUGCCCCACCCCCAAUUCCAAAGGAACCCAGUAAUUAUGACUUUGUUUACGACUGUAAUUGAGACCAUUCCACAACAAUCCUGAUCUUGACUGGAAAUAGAAGAAUUUGUGUAUAUAUAUGCCACAUUCCUUCCUAGAACGUCUUCUCCUAAAGAGUGAGAUGACUUUGGUCAAGGCAGGAUGGACACAUUCCAUAGGAAUUCCUGGAGUUUUCAUAUGAUUUUUUUGCAAGGACAUUGUUAUGUUCAAUCGAAGAUGGUGCUUUGGAACCAUGAGGAAAAUACUUUACACUUAAUGCUGCUGCUGCAUUUUGUUCUCUCCAGGCUACAAGAGCAGCAAAAUAAGGCUACUGAUAAUACGAUAAACUGCUUUAAUGCUUUGCACUGUACCUUUCAUUGCCUGUACACUUUCUCUCUCUCUCUCAAUCUCUCUUUCACACACCUAAAAAAUCAGAACCCGCGUUAGAAAACUCAGACUUUGUUACAAAAAUGCUGUUUCCAGUUUCCUUUUUUUAUUAAGAAAUACAUGAAUUAACAAUAUCAGGAGAUAAUGAUCCUGCUGAAUAUAUACAUAUCACGCGCAAAGGCUAAUAAAACGUAAAGAAAAUGCUGUUUAUAUAUAAAA